UAUCUAUUGUUCCCGUUUAUAUAUAGAUGGAGUUGGAUGUUUGGAUUCUCCAUUACCCCAAGCCCCUUUUGUUUACACACUAAAAGGAGAGAAUUUGAUCAAAGUGAAAAUGGGGAGCCUUGAAACUGAGAGAACAACUACGGGAUGGGCAGCCAGAGACCCUUCUGGGAUCUUGUCUCCGUACACUUACACUCUUAGGAACACAGGUCCAGAUGAUGUUUUUAUCAAGGUUAUUUGCUGUGGAAUCUGCCACACUGAUAUUCAUCAAGCCAAAAAUGAUCUUGGCAUGUCAAACUACCCAAUGGUUCCUGGACAUGAAGUUGUUGGUGAGGUGGUGGAAGUGGGAUCACAUGUAACCAAGUUUAGUGUAGGAGAUGUUGUUGGCGUUGGUUGUCUUGUUGGAUGUUGCAGAAAUUGCAGGCCAUGCAACACAGAUCAUGAACAAUAUUGCAACAAGAAGAUCUGGUCUUACAAUGAUGUCUACACUGAUGGCAAACCCACACAAGGUGGAUUUGCUGGAUCCAUGGUCGUUGACCAAAAGUUUGUGGUGAAAAUCCCAGAUGGAAUGGCCCCGGAACAGGUGGCACCACUCUUAUGCGCUGGGGUGACAGUUUACAGCCCACUGAAUCACUUUGGUUUAAUGGGGAGUGGUUUAAGAGGAGGGAUAUUGGGACUUGGAGGAGUAGGGCACAUGGGGGUGAAGAUAGCAAAAGCAAUGGGACAUCAUGUAACUGUUAUAAGCUCUUCUGAUAAGAAAAAAGUAGAGGCCUUGGAGCAUCUUGGUGCUGAUGACUACUUAGUCAGCUCUGACGCUGAAGGGAUGCAAAAGGCUGUUGAUUCACUUGACUACAUCAUUGACACUGUGCCUGUUUUUCACCCUCUUGAGCCUUACCUUUCAUUGUUGAAACUCGAUGGAAAGUUGAUCUUGACAGGUGUUAUUAACACCCCACUUCAGUUUGUUAGCCCCAUGGUCAUGCUUGGGAGAAAAUCAAUUACAGGGAGCUUUAUUGGGAGCAUGAAGGAAACAGAGGAGAUGCUUGACUUCUGCAAAGAGAAAGAUUUAACCUCUAUGAUUGAAGUGGUGAAGAUGGAUUAUAUCAACACAGCAAUGGAGAGGCUCGAGAAGAACGAUGUUCGAUACAGGUUCGUCGUGGAUGUUGCCGAAAGCAAGCUUGAUCAAUAGAAUAAAAAGAAAAGGGAAAAACUCGUUUAGCUAAACAUCAUUUAUAUUUCAUCAACAAUGAAAUACUGCGUGUUUAAAUGUGACUGUUGAAUGGUUGCUUUGUUUUCUCUGUUUGUUCAAAUGAAAAAGAAUAUUGCUACCACGUUUCCCUGCGUAUGGCAAUAAAAGGAAAAUAUGAACAUGAGUUGUUAUUUGCCUUUUUUUUUUUUUUUGGGGAGUCGAAGUUCAUUAAUUAUAGCACUACUAAUGUAAUUCAGUUUGAUUUGUAAGUGUUUUCUUUUUCAGUUACUUCCUUUUUGCCUUACCA